UCAGCCUUCUCCUCAGCCUGUCCAUCCAUCCGUUCACCGGUCUACUAUCGUGUGUGUGUGUGAGAGGAGCAAAGCCUCAUUCUCCUCCUUUCUUCCUUUCAGGGAACGCGCAUCACUUGUGAAAAACGGCGCUUGAGACCUAGAAGUUUUUUUUGUCUAACGUCUCGGCUCUAUUUGCUCAGCUCUCCCGCGAUUUUCCGCCCCUCAUUCCCGGUUUCGUUUUUAAUUCCCAUCCUCACUUUCUGUCGUUAUUUUUUGCCGGACUCGAGGAUCCAGGCUGGGUGUACCGGCUAACACUUGGGCGUAGCUGGAGAGGAUUUUGCUAGCUCGUCGCUGCACUAACCGACUAACCCUUAACAUCUGCAGAACGCAUCUUGACCUGUGGCUGUCCCGCGCAACUUACCCCAGUCAGCCCUGCCUUGCAGUGUCAGACCACGGCCAUUCGAGGGGAGAUGAAGCCGGAUGGGGUUGCCACGGCAGCGCUGGAGCCAAUGGAAACAUUGGAAUCCAAUCCCGUGAAUGAUGGCGCACCACCCGGGGAGCCCAAUCAGGCAGCCAGCGGGGUGGAAGAGGUGAUGCCACAGCAGCUGGGGGGUGAAGGAGAUCAGGAAAAAACACAGGGAGACCAGGCCAAGGAAACCCCAGCUGCCAAGACCAACAACAAGACCUCGGGAGACCCCAAAGCCAAGAGUACCAACAAGACCGCGACCAAGACGAAACCCGGCAACACCACUCAAACCAAGGCUACAACCGGCUCACGGCCCAACACAUCGCAGAGCCGCGUCUCAAACGGUGUGUCCAAACCUCAGACCAACGGUGUUGCUAAGAAGACCACGCCUGCAGCGGACAAAAAGAGCACCCUGACCUCAGCUUCGUCGAAAAAACCAACAGGAACUGCCGGCGCCCCAGCCUCCAAAACAUCGGCUAAAGUGUCUGAGAAGAAAGCCACGGGGGCCGCUCCUGCCACCAACGGCGCAAAGUCAACCACCGGAACGACAGCAGCCAAAAAGACCCCAUCUACAAAUGCUAAUGGUGUCAAAUCCAAUACCGCUGCAGCAGCUGCUAAAAAGCCCCCAGCUCCCAAGCCUGCCUCUGCAACUUCCACCAAGCCCGGCUCUGUUGCCUCACCCAAACCCGAUAAGCCCCCCGUUUCCAAGACAACCAGGCCUACAACCGGCACAACUUCAUCCCCUCGUCCUGCUACGGGCUCAUCUCGGCCACCUACUAGCAGCAACGCCAAGAGCUCCCCUGCUACAACCAAACCUGCCACUCCUAAAACUCCCUCUGCCACCGCCAAGCCGGCUACCCCCAAACCAACCUCCACUACCCCCUCUGGUGGCAAACCUCCAUCUCAAACAUCCAAAACCACAACCCCUGUGAAAAAAGAUGUCACCAAACCAUCCACGCCAGCAGCCAAAAAGCCUGCAGACUCCCCCCUUACUCGCCCUUCUUCUACAACGAAGUCAGCAAAAUCCGAGACUUCCAAGUCCGCUUCAAAAUCAGAGGUCACUGCCAAAAAGCCUGCUACUAACAAGCCAGCAGACACCAAAACACCUAACCGCCCCAAAACACAAGAGAGCAAGCCUACACCAGCUAAGACUCCUGGCUCCAAAACCAAGACCUCCAGCCCCAAGAAAACUGUGGGAAGCAGCACACCAACUCCUGUUAAACGCGCCCCUAAAGCUGCCACAGCCGCUGAACCUGAAAAGGAAGUUGCCGCAGCUGUAGCUGCUGCAGCAGCGAUUGCUGCCACAGCAGCUGUUAUUGCUGUGCCAGAACAACCAGAGCCUCCUGCAGAAGUAGCUGUGGAGCCAUCCAUUACAACUCCUGAAGAAAAAUCAGCAGAGCUCACACCAGAACCAGAACUAGUCUGUGCACCAGUGGCGGAAUCAGUUUGUGAACCAAAACUAGAACCCGCACGGGAAUCCACACCAGAACCCGCCAGGGAACCUACACCAGAACCUGCAAGAGAACCCACAGCAGAGCCUGUCAGGGAACCCACACCAGUAUCUGUAAGAGAACCCACACCAGAGCCUGUCAGGGAACCCACACCAGUAUCUGUAAGAGAACCCACACCAGAGCCUGUCAGGGAACCUACACCAGAGCCUGUCAGGGAACCUACACCAGAACCUGCAAGAGAACCCACACCAGAACCUGUAAGAGAACCUACACCAGAACCUGCUAGGGAACCUACUCCAGAACCUGUACAAGAACUAAUUUCACAUCAAGAAGAAGAACCAUUCCCCGAGGCAUCUGUAGAUCUCCUGUCUGACCCACCAGCAGAGGAGGCAGAACUGGUCCAUGAAGCAGUGUGUGGUGUUCAGCUCCCUGCACAGAUAGAUCCUUUCAAAUUUGAGGAGCCUGCCAACGACUCCCUGGGUACUACCGUCAUGUCUCCUCCUUGUUCCCCACAAGGCCCUGCUUCUCCUGUCAGAGACCAACAGAAUGCCUACUCUCUCCUGGGCACCCAUGUCCACUCUGAUCCCUGGAACAUAAACCAAAGCCCAAGCAGUAUGAUGAACUUCCAGAGAGAAGAGGAACAGUGCCAGCAGUUUGAGGCUCAGGAGACACAAGAGGAGGAAGAGGACGAAGAGCAGGAAGAAGAAGAGAAGGAAAACUUGUUUAUGCAUACCCCCGCAGCUCCCGAGGCCUUUAAUAACACAGUGCAACCUCACUUAUUGGGUGCCUCCCCUCUGGAUAAUUUCAGCCCCAGAGGCCUGAUCUCUCCUCAUGAAAAGGAGGAGGCCGUGGAAAAGGCAGAUGAGGAAAUCAACGAGGAUGAUGAUGAGGAUGAUGAUGAUGAAGAUGAGGAACAAAGGAGACUGGGCUAUCAGCCUUCGUCUUUGAUCACUGACAUGAGCACGUCUCAGCCCUCUGACGACUUCCAAGUGCGCUCCUCUGCCUUUGGAGGUUCAACAGGGUGGCACGGUGACGACUUGCUGUCUGGGAUGGACUCCGAGGAUGUGAGCAGCUGCACCAGCAGCCGACAGCAGGGGGUCUCAGACCUUAGUAGCACCCAGCAUACCGCAAUUCUGGAGGGCACCCAGAGUUCAGAUGCCCUGGUUGACACUAGCCUCCGUGGUUCUGAAGGAGAUGGUAACCUCAUGGGUUCUCCCAAUGUGGAAACCCUAGCCAAUGAAGAAGAGGACGAGGAUGAUGAGGAUGAGCGGGUGGACGAUAUGGAUUUGAGCUCUGAGAGGGUAGACGAACACCAUAAAGUUUUCCAGGAGCAAGGGCAAGAUGAGGAAGAGGAUGAAGACGUGGAAAUGCGCAGUGAAGGAGUGAUGGAGAGCUGUGAGAAUGAGGAUGACUUUAAUGAGGAGGCACAUUUAGAUAACCUCAAUCAAUCGGGUCCUCCGCCCUCCAUCCCGGCAUCCUCCUGGGGCCAGACCAACCCCUUCUGUGAUACCUGGGCUCAGCCAGCCUCACUGCUCUCCGUCUCCUCCCCCAGCCCCGUGUCCGACCACGGUGCUGCUGAGUCUGAAGCGCCCACCCAGUCUCCUGCCCAGGCAUGUUUGGACGUCAGCGCCCCAUCCUUUGCUCCUGAGAUGGAGCAAGAAACCAACCUUCAUCAGUCAUCAUAUGAGGAGACAAAGGGCUCAGUUCCUGCAGAGGCUCCCACCCUACUUGCUGCCCCACCUGUAGGCAUGUCCCAGUCCAGCACUCUAAGCGGCACGGCUCUGGCAGCCCAGAGCAGCAGCGAGACAAGCACACCAGAGGAACUCCGUGACUAUGACAGCAGCUCUGGAGUAGAGUCCCGCUCUGACAAGCAGCAGACCCCAGUGCCCGCUUCGGUUCAGCCUGACAUGGAGCAGGAUCUCGGUAUUCACUUAGAAAAAGGCGACGGGGAAGAGGAGGAAGCCGAGACGCUCCCCGCCGACGAGGUCCUGGGCACUGGACCCCCAACUGCUCCUGCAUCCGCCCCUUCUUCCCCUUCCACCUCGGGAGACGAGGCCAGCGAUACAGAAGGGGAGAUGCAAAUAAAUGACCCUGAAGCACCCAUGAUGGUAGAUGAAAGUGCCGGGUUUGAGAGUCCUCCUCAGACGUGUAGCCUGCCCGCUCUCGAGGAGGACGAAGAGGCUGGGGACACACCAGCUGGGGAGGGUGAGGAGGAUGGGGGUGGGGCCACCCCUCAGUCAGCCAAUUCUGUAGCGUCUUACGGCUUCGACUGCACCACAUCCAACUCCAACGCCCACUCCAUGGCUGAGAGCUGCGGGAAGAGCCCUGGAAUCUUCUCCUUGGAGAACGAGGAGCAGCUGCCAGAGGAGGCCAAAGACCCCUCCCUCAUCAAGGAGCUGACGCUGCCAUCGGCUGCCACCUCCGCCCUUGCAGAGGACCUGCUGGGCAGAUCUGUGGACCUGAUGCCUUUGGGUCACCCGGAGGACAACCAUCCCAGUCUAGAUGACCACCACUACAUGCUGGGAGGGAAGAUUGCAGCAGACCAGCUGGAGGACAUCGAUCCAGUCGAGGCCGAGGAAUCUGGAGACACCGGCGACAACCAGGCGUCCUACUACUCUACCAUAUCUGAUAAGACUGAUAGUUUUCUGGCAGGAGAUUGGAAGAGAUAUGAAGUGGACGAAGCUCACAGAUGGCAAAAACACUCACAGGAAGACAACCAGAACCAGAACCACACUGCUGCAGCUCCCAUAGCGAAUGGUCACUACUUGGCAAUGGUCCCGGGCAACAGGAGGCCCAUUGAUCCGACUCUUGCUGCCCAUUUUGCCAAAAUUGCUCCCCCUCCAUCUCUGACCGGUGCUGCUGCUGACGGUCACGCUGGCGGAGAACAGCUGAAGAGGUUGGAGCAACACCAGGAAAAGCUGAGGGAGAUGCAGCAGCGCCAGGCGCAGGAGAGGCAGAAGAGGCAGUGGCUGGAGGAAGAGCAUCUGAGGCUGGAGCAACAGAAGCAGCUGGAGAAGCAGCGCAGGGAGCUCCUCCAGCUGCAGCUGCAGCAGCAACAGCAGGAGCACCGCCACCGCAGGCAGGUCCUGCAGUGGCAGCUGGAGCUGGAGCAGCAGUACCGUAUGCAGCAGAAACAGAUCCAGCAGCAACAGCAGCUCAGGAGGAGCCCGACCGGAGUGAUGCUCUCCCCUUCCUCGGGGCUCUGCACCAUCUACGAAGCCAUGGAAACCAGCGACGAGGAGGACGAAGCCAGAGGGGAGGUGAGAAGGAGGGGGCGGUCCCCCCACCGGCAGCAGCACCUGCGCCCGGUGCCCCCGCAGGAACUGGAAUGGAAUAAGAAGGUGGACAUGGUCCAGCAGCUCAUCAACCAGACCAUGGUGCUGUCUGGUGAUACAGACUGCCCUCCGCUCCUCCUCCUCCCUGUGGGGUCUGGGGGCACCCUAAGCCCCCUGGAGAGCAGCAUGUGGCCCAGUUUGUUUCCCCAGUUCAGCCCUCCUACCGCUACAGUCACAUCUGUCAGCAGCUACUCCCCAGACAGCCAGGGCAGCUCCCCAAUCAGUGACUGGACUGUGGUCGAGGUGGAGACCCAUCACUGAACAAGGGAGGCGGAGAAGCACAUCAAUAAAUCGGUGCGAGGAACAGUUUCACAUAUUUACGAAUAUCUGUUUUUAAUUUUUGGCACAGGGUUAGGUGAGAAGAUUGAUACGACUCUCACUGCUGUUCUGCUCAGUCGAGCCACAGUUAUUCUAAGAAAUUGAAAUCUACUGGCAAAGAUGGAGGGAAAUGUAUCCAAAUAAGCUCACAAAUAAAUCUGUAUGGAAGCAAAGCACAAAGACGACAACUGACCUUUUAUUUGAUGGGGUUAAACGGUCCCCUCCUGUGUGGUGAACUGCUGACACCAGGAUUUGGUGUGGAUUUCUGGAGGCUCUGAGUUCAUGUGAUGAGGUUCACCGAUGGGAGGGCCUUGGAACACAAAUAGGAGAGCUGCAGGAAGCAUUUUCUACAUACAGCCACACACCAGAGCCAAAAGGGUGAUAUUGAUCUACUCAUCUAAUGCUGUGCCAAAAUCUCACGCUGUUAUUCAUGAGCAGCGUGCAUCAUACGACUGAACUCCUCUCACAGAUCUGAUCUGCUUAUUUUAAUGUGCCAUCGUUACUGAAGCCAUACGAGAAUUUUACGGAUAAGCCGGAUACUUGAUUUAACCAUAAGACCAUACCAACCUGGUCUUCAACAGAUUACUUGUAGUAGAACAUAUUCACUGUAGAUGACCCCAUGUAAUUGAUUACUGUAACCCAGACAUGCAUUCUGUCAUACCGUCGCCUCACAUUAGAGCAUGUUCUCCUUACCAGAAGCACUUAACAUCUGUCCUCAGCUGUCUUACUCUGAAAUGCGCUGGAUCUACUUUAGCAGCCCUGUUGUCUCUUGUGUCGUGUGGGUGCAGCGCUCCACGUUGUUGUCUCUUUUGUAUCUAGACCAAACACUGGUCGCGCUCUCAAACGAGAGACUGAGCUAUGACAAAUUGCACUGGUUUUCUACCGUUGUUUAUUCGCUGUUAUGGUCUUUGCCAAAGUAUUUAUACAGGUAAGUAGUGUUGUGUUACAUAGCCAGUACUGUUGAUAGAUGAUUAUUUUUUUCUGGGCUUUUACAUCCCCCCCAAAUCCCCAUAGUGAAAUACCUAAAUCGGUGUAUUGUGUCCCCCUACAAACACCAGUCUCUGCUGAGUGUUACUGUGACUAUACUGGACAAGCAGGUUUUCAUGGACUUAAUAGAGCUGUCAGUCACGGAGGAAGAGGGAGGCGUUAAGGAGAAGAAGGGCGCUCCUUGUUCUGCUGUGAGGGGUGAGGGAAGGCGUACAAGGGUGCAGGGCUGGUUGGCAGGGGGGAGAGUUGUCCUCCCUCACACAUUCCGAAGUUAUAACCUCAUUUCCUGGGUCGCCCAGUGUUCAGGGAGUCGCCGAGGUUACAGAUGACAUCAUGGUGGGGGGAGAAGAAGAGGAGAUGCGGAGAUGAGACAAUGCACCCACUCUGAGGCUGUGGGGAGUGGAGGGUGGAGGGCAGUCCAAGUACCAACCUCUAUAUUUCUUUUAUUAAGUAUAUUAAUAUAGUCUGUGAAGAGUUUCUAUAUGUUUCCCUUUGUUAUCAUAUUUUUUAAAAGAGGUGUUUAUUUGUAUCAGUCAGGUAAUGAGAACAUGGCAGCCUGUCUGAUAUUUAAAUGUGUUGAGUGAAGAAAAAAAAGCACCUGUGUUUCUCUUUGUGUCUGCACAAGGUAGGUGAUGUCUGUCUGGGAUGAUCGAAGUGAAGAAACACCGCCACCUGUUGGCAGCACAUGUGACACACUGACCCAUUCUUCCACUUACACAGCCUGUGAAUCUCUUGCAGUGACAUCAUUAUAGCUAAUGGGCUUUUCCUUUAUCUACUGCUACUGUAAGCAAAGUGCCCGUUUAUAUGAGUCUGAAGUCUCCUAAAUGAAUAUUGUAAAAAGCAGAUUAUAUUUCAAAGUGCAUACAGAAUAUAGUUUUCCAAAAAUAUUUGUACUACAGCUGGACUAUGCAUGUGUUGUGUGGCCUCUGCUGUUGUAUGCUGCUUUCUAUCAUAUCAUUAAGAGUUUGUUUUUUUCUGAAAAGAUCAACAUACGAGCAAGCGUAACUAGUGCAUGUGUGAUUAGAGUAGACUUAUAUGUGCACCUUUAUUGUCAAAGUACAGUCUACUCCGCCUCAAGCCACUUUACACAGAUAUUUUUGUGUACCUUUGCUAUUGAAUUUCAUAUGAAUCUAUACAAAAUUGCUGUUUACAUUCUCAGUAUUUUGAUAUUCAGUGUGCGAGUGAUCGUCAUCCUCUUCUUUAGUACUGGAGAAGCUUUCUUUGUUGUGCCAGUGUUCCAGAUCAUUUUAAAGUAUAAAAUGUCAAAACUUUUAUGCUUUCAAUAUUAAA